CAGUGACUAAUCAACUGACACUCAAUUUGUAAGUACAUUGGCUAUUUGGAAUCCACAAUGCGACUUGUGAUUUUUGGAAUCUUGUGUGUAUCGUUACAAAUAUUAGCAGAGCCACAACAGAAACAAGUGAAAUUUAAUCAAACAUCAGUUCAAGCAAAUGAUGCACGCCAAGAGUGGGGAAACAGGGACUUGCCACACGGUGUGCAAAUUCCUCCUAGAAGAUCUGGUAAUCAACAAUCUGAAUCCGGCGUUCAAAUCCCUCCUACCUAUCGUUGGAUUGAUUCUGAGGGUAAGAUAGGCCAAACAGACUUUGGCCCAACUAAGCCUUAUAAUCCAAUAUCUUUUAGUAAACAGAACAAAAUUGAAAAAUUAUGAUAAUGGAA